AUGUCACAGCGCCCUCCUCUGCACAGAUGUGUCACAGCGCCCUCCUCUGGACAGAUGUGUCACAGCGCCCUCCUCUGCACAGAUGUGUCACAGCGCCCUCCUCUGGACAGAUGUGUCACAGCGCCCUCCUCUGCACAGAUGUGUCACAGCGCUCAUGGAGUUACUUGCGCCCCCACGUGGUCUGUGACCGAACAGCACAGGACCAGAGGAGAGAGACCAGCGGAGACGGAGCAGAGGAGGGAAGAUCCCGGCCAUCACAGCGCUCUCAGCGGCAUCGAGGAGAGAGUAGCCCGGCCAUCAGAGCUCUCACAGCGGGAGAGAGAAGGGAAGAGCCCGAGAGAAGAGCUCUCACAGCGGGUGCGAGGAGAGAAGAGCCGUGUUCCCAGCUCCCGGGGGCCGGGGGCCUGGCGGCAGGACCGCUGCAGGGCCAUGAGCCCCGUCAUGGACCUGUUGUGGAGAAUCCUCGCUGCUCUCAGCUUUGACUGCUUCAAAGAUUCCACAUCCACGAGGUCCCCAGGGGCCCUCAGCAGUGCCCGGCCCAGUGUGGACAGCAGCUCUCUGACUGGCUCUCUGUCCCUGGGGCCCGACCUGCCACACUGUCAGAGUGGUGUGUGUCCUGGCGCCUCCCACGGGGCCUCUCACGGGGCCCGCCUGAAGCGUCUGUCCUGUGGGCACCUGUACUGUGGCCCCUGCUGUGACAUCAUCGUGAACCAGGCCUUUGAGGACAUCGAGGGCCUGUCUCAGUUCCCCUGUCCCCUGUGCCGCUCCCACAGACAGGGGCCCGCCCAGGGGCCCUCGCUGAGGCAGCUGGGACCCUCCUGCUCGGCGUACUUCAGCGGCCCCUACAGCCUCCUGCACAACCCCCCUGAGGAGCCCUGA